UACUUGACCUGGCACUACUUGUCGGUAUAUCGUGUAACGUAUGAGUGGGAAGACGCGUCUCCGCCUGGCUCAGUGUGACAGGGCGCCAUCCGCCGUUAGUUCCGCGCAGCGCCGCCUUGCUAGGUCGCGGUCGUGUCGGGGAUCAUUCGGAGCCGUCGCCGGCUUCUAGCCGCAGCUCAAGCUCGCCGAAAGAGCUGAAAAUACAGACGCCUUUCCUUAUUAACUUGGUGUUAACGCCAGUGUUGUCAGAAGAAGACGACGUGUUGUGGAGACGCACAUCGGGACAAAGAAGGAGGCUUUCCCAGGAGCGGAGCUUCCGCAGGACGGACACACGCUUCGUUUGGACGCUCGGUUUCGGUUCUACGGCGACCCGUCCGCUCGCUAGCCAGCGUCGGCUAGCGGUGUAGUCGGCUAGCGGUGUAGUCGGCUAGCGGUGUAGUCGGCUAGCCAGCGUCGGCUAGCGGUGUAGUCGGCUAGCAGUGUAUUCGGCUAGCGGUGUAGUCGGCUAGCCAGCGUCGGCUAGCGGUGUAGUCGGCUAGCGGUGUAGUCGGCUAGCGGUGUAGUCGGCUAGCCAGCGUCGGCUAGCGGUGUAGUCGGCUAGCGGUGUAGUUGGCUAGCGGUGUGCAUGGCAGGUCCCGGGCUGCAUGAGUGACCCAGCCGGGGCGCAGCGUGCAGGCUGUCCGCACGGUGCUGUUGGCGGCAGCGCGGCCUGACGGAGCCGUGACGGCGGCAUGACGCCGGGCGGAGCAGCCGUGUUGUGUCACCGUCCGCUCGCUCAGCUUGACCGCUCCUGUCUCCACCUUUGCAUGGAAGUGGCCAGAACGCAAGACAUCAUGUAGACCUGGUCCGCGCACCAUAGUCCACCGUGGUUGUAGGCUGAUUAAACGUUUCCGUGGCCUGCAGUGCAGCUCUAGAGCGACGGGGGUCAGAGAAUGACAGCUGACACUAGGAACUGAUCUUGCGCACCUCUGGGAAUGUGGCUGGCCGGCCGGCCGUGCGUUCAGCCGGCGGCUGUUUGAUCGCCGAGACAUAACGUGUGCGAGUGUUUGAGUGGCUGGCUGUUCUGGCAGUGGCUGACUGUUCUGGCAGUGGCUGACUGUUCUGGCAGUGGCUGACUGUUCUGGCAGUGGCUGACUGUUCUGGCAGUUCUGGCAGUGGCUGACUGUUCUGGCAGGGCGUCCGAGGCUGCGCUAUGUGCCCGGCAAUACAACCUACCAGCGCAGGCUUGAUAGAAACCGUUGAGAAUUAGCCCUUUAUUAAAUAUACCUGCGUUCAAAUACCACGACGACGAGCUGUGGGAGAACACUUGGGACCAAGCUGAUUUCUUCUGAGUCGAGCGGCGAGCGCCCCCCAUUGAUCCUGACCGGGAAGCGGGACGGCCGUCCACGAUGGAGCCGGUGGGAGAUUUUGAGUACGGCAGAAAAGACCUGGUUGGCCAUGGCGCCUUCGCAGUGGUGUUCAAAGGGAGGCACAGAAAGAAGACAGAUUGGGAGGUGGCCAUCAAGAGCAUUAACAAGAAGAACCUCUCUAAGUCCCAGAUCCUCCUUGGCAAGGAAAUUAAAAUUCUGAAGGAACUUCAGCAUGAAAACAUUGUGGCACUCUAUGAUGUCCAGGAAACUCCCAAUUGUGUAUUUCUUGUUAUGGAGUACUGCAAUGGAGGGGAUCUGGCUGACUAUCUGCAAGCGAAGGGGACACUGAGAGAAGACACACUGAGAGUGUUCCUCCAGCAGAUAGCCGCUGCCAUGCGCAUCCUCAACAGCAAAGGAAUCAUCCACCGUGACCUCAAGCCCCAAAACAUCCUGUUGUCCUAUGUGGGUCGCAAAAGAUCUAGCCUCAAUGGUAUACGCAUCAAAAUAGCCGACUUUGGAUUUGCACGAUACCUCCAGAGCAACAUGAUGGCCGCCACACUGUGUGGCUCACCAAUGUACAUGGCUCCAGAGGUCAUCAUGUCCCAGAGCUAUGAUGCUAAGGCUGACCUGUGGAGCAUAGGGACAGUCAUCUAUCAGUGUCUUGUUGGCAAGCCUCCUUUCCAGGCCAGCAGUCCUCAGGACUUGAGGAUGUUCUACGAGAAGAAUACAAAUCUACAGCCAGUUAUCCCAAGAGAGACAUCGCCACAACUCAGUGACCUUUUGCUGGGGCUGCUGCAGAGGAACCAAAAGGACAGAAUGGACUUCGAUACGUUUUUCAGCCAUCCUUUCCUGGAGCCGCUGUCCACCAUUAAGAAAUCUUGUCCUGUACCAGUCCCCAGUGCCCCCAGUGUUGUGGCAGACACUGCCUGUAGCAACUCGCCGUGCAUCCACUACAACUCUCCACCUUCACUCCCUGAUAUGCAGACAUUAGCAGAGGAUGGUCUGUCGUCUCCCCCUCUGGGCCCACCCAACUACCUGCAGCUGUCUAAAGAGUCUGCAGGCAGUACCAGCAGUAAGAACUCAUCUUGCGACACAGAUGACUUUGUCCUGGUUCCCCACCUGCCCACUGAGAGCUAUGACCAGUCAAUUGGACCGGUGAGCCGUCGGCCAUCCAGCGAGUUCCUCAUGUGUGGAGGUCAGCAGCAACCUUCUUCAGGACAGACACCCAUGGUUUCACCACGGGCAGAGACAACCCCUAUCCCUGUGCCCACCCAGGUGCGCAACUACCAACGCAUCAAACAGAAUCUCUCCAGCAGCCCCACAACCACACUCUACGGCUCUCCCAGGUCUAGCACCGUAAGGCGCUCCAAUACUAGUCCCAUGGGCUUUCCAAAGGCAGGAUCAGGGUCCCCAAGCUCUGCGGACAUGCCUCAGAUGGUGGGCAGACGUCUCUCCACUGGCAGUUCUCGUCCCUACUCUCCCUCCCCCCUUGUGGGCACAAUCCCUGAGCAACUGGGUCACUGUUGCUGUGGACACUCCCAGGCUCAUGAGUCUCGCAGCCGGAGCUCCUCAGGAGGCUCCCCUGUCCCAUCAUCCCAUCUGCUUGGGGCCCGGCUGCAGAGCACCACCAAUCAGACCGAGAUCUACCAGACCAGGCAGAAGCUCCAUAAGCAGCUGUCAGACCCUCUGCAGCCUACCUCGUCUUCUAAUUACCCCUCCUCCAGCCACUCUCCGCAGCUGGGCAGACCUGCCAACCUUGGCACGUCCCCGACCAAACACCUGGGCUCAUCUCCUCGCACCUCCGAUUGGCUCCAGAAGUCCCCACUGCCCACUAUCAUUGGCUCACCCACCAAGACCAUUUCUGCACCUUUCAAAAUCCCCAAGACGCAGGCAUCUUGUAACUUGAUGGCACUGGCAGACAGCCCUACGCCCACCAAGACACUUGCAGAUGCCCGGGAUAUCUGUGCACACCAUUGCAGUCCCUACCCCAGUGGGCGCCAGAGUGCCCCUGAAGCCAGUAGAACCACUUUUGGCAGGUCUGUCAGCACUGGCCGUCUGUCUGAGCAACCAAUCAGAAUCACUCUUGGUGGACAACCCUAUCAGGGCAGCAAUGACAGUUUGAACACAGAGCGACCCAUGGACACCGCUCCUGCAGGUCCAGGUGGGCUGGCUCAUGGUGGGGCAGCAAGCCCCCGGACGGUCCUUUUCACUGUGGGUUCACCCCCUAACAGCAGCACACCUCCAACCUGUAGUCACCUUGGUACCCGGCCACGCACCACCUCAGUGGGUUCUAACAGUUCAGCAGGCUCCCUGUGCUCCACCAGUGGCCGGGUAUAUGUUGGUUCUCCUCCUGGAAUGGCCAUUGGCACUUCCCCUCCAGGAAGCUCUGGGGGCGGCCAGUCGUGUCCAGCGGCAGAGGCGGGCCCAAGCAGUCUGCGCUACGUCCCCUACGGCACCUCGCCCCCCAGCCUGGAUGGCUUCAUCACAUUUGAAGCCCCUGAGCUGCCUGAGGAGACUCUAAUGGAGCGUGAGCACACAGACACCCUGAUGCACCUGCGGAUGAUGCUGUCCUUCACUGACUGUGUAAUGGAGAUAGCAGCAGUGCGUGCCGGAGGGACAGACCUGGGUGUAUCUGCCGCCUCCCUCUACCCUCCCCAGGAGAGCGUGGUAGUGGACCAAAUCAGCCAGCUGAGCAAGGAGUGGGGGCAGGUGGAACAGCUUGUGUUGUACAUGAAGGCUGCUCAGCUCUUGGCCUCCUCCCUGCAUCUGGCAAAGGCUCAGAUUAAAUCAGCCAAACUCAACCCUUCCACUGCUGUCAAGCAAGUGGUGAAGAAUCUGAACGAACGCUAUAAGAGCUGCAUCUCGCUGUGUCGGCGGCUGACGGAUAAGCUCAACCACUUCUUCUCUGACAAGCAACGCUUCGUAGAUGAGAUCAACAGCGUCACGGCUGAGAAGCUCAUCUACAACCACGCAGUAGAGAUGGUGCAGUCAGCAGCUCUGGAUGAGAUGUUCCAGCAGACGGAGGACAUAGCCUACCGCUACAACAAAGCCGCCAUGCUACUGGAGGGCCUCUCCAAGAUCUUGCAGGAGCCUGCUGAUAUCGAGAAUGUGGCCAAGUACAAGGCAAGUGUCGACCGGCGGAUAUCAGCCCUCUGCUACUGUACUGUCACACUGUACGAGUAGCACACCACACACACACACACACACACGGACAGAACUUCAACCAUACAUAGCAUCUGUACCCAGUGAUGGUACCACCCCGACCCUCCUCAGAGGGACCACUCAUGAAAGACCGUCCCUACACGCCUGCUGUCCGUCUUGUAGCACUUUCCUUCGGGUGGCGUCUGUCUGUUUUCUGAGGGGCACCGCACCACGGUCAGUAUUACUUCUGGCAUCACGGACCGAAUCGCUAAAAGCAGCUGAUGCACAAAGUCACAACCAAAGAAGACAACGGAUCCUGAAACGAGGCUGGAUCCAGAUGUGGACGCGUUCUUUUUAUUUUUUUACCCUCGUUUUGAACUGCCAGAUCAAAAUAAAACACAAUGCCAAACUUUCAGGAUUUGAUUUUUUUUACCAGACCUGUGGGCCUCGAGACUUCAGCUGCCUCGGAAACUGUCUCGUUUUGAAGUCGUGAGCAUACGAUGAGAAGUGACUGUUUUGUGUUGUUUUUUUAUUUAUUGCUUUAAAAGAUUUCAGAUGUUGUAGUCUCUACUGCUCUCACAGAAACCUCAAGUAUGGAAAUGGAAAUAAUCUAAAGAACUCACUUAGGAAACGUCCUGUUAUGUAAGACCGAUUCCCCACACACGUCAGCCUGGCGAGGAAAGAGCCUGUACAUAUGUAAUUACUGUCAACUUGGUGUUGUUUUGUUCUCAGCUGUUUGCUCAAGCACUUUAUGGGGGGCGGUGGGCGGGGGGGGGGGCACAUGUGUCUGGUGACGGUAGAAAUGUGAAGGCGCCGAGCUGUCGCCCGCGCCCACACCGUGAAAAGGGAUCGGGGUUUGGUCUUUCCCAGCACCCGUCAAAGCCUGCCUGCACUAAAUCUGCUCCGGCCUGCUUGUUGGCCACCUGUCUGUUGACCGCAGGGCUGUUGUGAGUACAGGCUGAGCGUCCGUUGCUCUGUUCACAUGAUCUGCCCUCCUGCCGGCUGGGGUGUGGAUGGGGCAAGUCGGAGGCGGUGUAAAUCGGAAGACGGGUAACGGCUCGGCUGCUCGUCCUGCAGCACUGACGUGGCGGCUGGUGCAGGAGUGCAGGUCCUUCGCUGGAUGGGACUUCUAAACGGUUAGUUAGGGGAACAUCGAAGCCCCAUGGAUUGAACUGUAAAAACCAGUCAAGUUACUUGAGAAGUUUCUUCUUCCUCUAGUUAAACUACAGCUUUUUUAAGUUCAUCUGUUUGUAGCUCAUUUGUAAGAACAAAUGUUUAACUUGUAAAUAUUUGUAUGUUCUGCAUGUGGGUUGUGUUUUUUUACUUUUAUUGUGUAAUGGGUUUGUGCGAGAGCAUCGUGCGAGAUGCCGUCAUGCCGUUCGGAUGCCCUGCCUGUCCAUUAAAGAGCACAACAGUUUUUAUGUACGGAAACAACUUUGAUACGUGGUUGUGGGGCUGCCGAGGCUUUGGUGGCGAACAGUUCUGGCCCCGCAGGAGCGGCCAAGUGUCGCCCAGCGGCUCCUCCUCGUCCCACACGACUCUUUUUACACGACUCUGUACAGAGUCACCUUGAUGAUGUGCAGCAGGUCUCAACUGGUACUGGAUCAGUUCUCCUCUGCUUCCCUCCGUCACCCACUGUGCUCCCAACAGUGUGCGUGUCUGUGAGUGUGCCAGUGUGCACACUCACCUGGUGUGUGUGUGUGUGUGUGUGUGUGUGUGUGUGUGUGUGCACAAGCCAGCGGUACAUGGUUGGUGUUGGCAAAGGAGGUGCUCUGUCUCUUGCUGCCGUGUACAGGUGUGGUUAAACUGUGGUGUGGAAAUGCAUCAGCUCGUUGGUGCACUGUGGACAAACCCGGCUCAGAGUUUUCCCCUCCGCCGUCUCCUGGCGAGCACCGUGCACCACCCAAAGCCUUUCACUGCACACGGAGUGGCGGAGGAGGGACGAACAUGAGGAACUCAGCAGGUACACUCAGAGAAAUGUUAUGCAUCGCUGUCCAUCCUGUAGACGUAGGCAGCGCUCCUCAGUGCUGUCUUGUUUGUGAACAAACGAGUAAAGACUAAAGAUGUGGACUGUUUCAAUGAAGUGUGGGUAGCAAGUAUGUACAAUACCCAGUAAGUAGAACUUGUAAGAAUCUGAAUGUAUGCACCCCUGUGUUUUUGCUCCUCCAGCUUGAUACGAAUGCAUUUCUAAGAACCCCGAUGUCCAUCAAGCCCCCCCCCCCUCUGAACUGGUCAUGUGAUGCAAUGUUUCCAUGCACCUAUUUUUCAGUGGAAAUUGAUGCAUAAUAUUUGUGUUUCUCACCGAGGGCAUCGCUCCUGGUUCUUCGUGAAACUCGGAUGCAGUCUUUAUUAUUAAAAUGACAAGAUGGAA